CAUCCUAAUGACGCUCUCUCAAAUAAAUAUAUUAUCUUAAAUUAUAUUUUCUUGGCUAGAAUCGUUUCAUUCCGAGAGAUCGGCAUCAUGAUCUCAUCAUACGACGGCGUCGUCACGGCGGGAGCACCAUAAGGAUCCGGUGUACCUGAUCGCGGCGGACGGCGGAGGAUCUAUGCGCCCGGCGGAGGCGGCGGAGCUCCGGAGUUCAGGCUUGGCCUGGGGCGCCGGAUAAAUGCCCCACCGGGGGGAUCUAGGGCUUCCUGGCGCCGCCAUGGUGGCCCUCCUCCUCGGACCUCUCCUCGCUCUGCUGCUCCGCCGGCGGUGGAGGCUCGCAGCGGCGCGGCGGGAGGAGGUCAUGCGCCUUGCGCAACUUGCCGCGGAGGAGGCCACCCGGGCGGAGGAGGAGGCGGCGGUCCUCGCUUACAGCCCCAUCACGGCUGCAACCGCUGCCGGCCGGGGGCCACGGACGGCGCAGUGCGCCGUAUGCUAUAGCCCCACCACCACGAGGUGUUCUCGGUGCAAGGCCGUCAGAUACUGCUCAGGUAAAUGCCAGAUAAUCCAUUGGAGACAAGGGCACAAGGAUGAAUGCCAUCCCCCACAAGUUGAUGAUUACUAUAAUGGCCAAGUAAUUGUCUCCAAUUUGAUGGAAGUAAAAGCUCGACAACCUGAUUUACAUAAUGACAAUCUGGAAAUUGAAGGAAAAUCAAAGAAAGAACCCAUUGUGACAUCCCCUGAGAGACCAUCAUCUGAAUCCAACUUCUCUUCUGAAGCUUUUAGUGAGAGUGAAUUUGCAGAUACAUCUGGAACAGAAAGCUCUUCCGAUUCUUUCACUGAAAAUUCAUCAUCUAGCUGCUCUACAACCUCUGGCUCAGAGAAGGCUUCUGCUAGUGAGGACCCCAGUUUACUUCAUAAUGCAAGUAUGGGAGAACCUUACAGCAAGGAUCCUACUCAGCACAUGGCAGACGUAACUAAAGUUGCUCCUGAAUUUUCUAGUGUGACCUCAUCUGUACAUAGUAUUUGUUGCACUAGUAACUUUCAGCAAAGGCCAUCCAAUUCUAGAACUGAAAAGGUUGCCCACAAGUCAGGUGGUCCUUUUAGCACAAGCAUCAUUGGUUCUGACAAUUGCACAGAUGCUAAGCCUUGUGAAGAUGCUGGUGUAUGUCAGGAUGCUCUUGUUGAUUCAACCGUGGCUCAAAUCUCUGGUGAUGUUGGAUCCAUUAAUUCCCAAUUAAGUCAACAGGGUAAUGCCAAUUGGUUGGGUGAAAAAUCACAAAUGCAUAUCUCGUCCAAACUCUCCAACCAGGCUUCACCUUGUCAAACAAUUUCUGCAGCUGAAAAACUGUCUUGUGAAUCUGCUCCAUUGGAAGGUACAGUGCAAUCUGACCAUACAAAAUUGACAGCUUUGGGUACUGUCGCUAGUGGGCAGCGCAAUGAUGUAUGGUCACUGCAGUCUAGAGAGUUGAAAUCGCAGUCUUCUGCUUCUGCUGAUCAUGCAUCUUCUAGUGGCAGAGUGCACUAUGUAUCACCUGAUGGAUCUUUGAAGGUGGAAAAUGCUCCUAAAGUUCGUGUAAAAUUAUCUGAAAAUACAGCUGUACCAAAUGGAAGUAGUGACUUUAAAACAUCUGUUCGGAAAGUUGUUCAGCAGUUGAAGUCUUCAAAAGUUUCAAUGCAUCAUCCAUCUGCUUUUGGAAGUGAUAUAUCAAGAAAGUACAAGAUGCUUUUUCCAUAUGAUUACUUUGUCAAGCUUUACAACUGUGACAAAGUGGAGUUGCGUCCUUUUGGUCUUACUAACUGUGGAAAUAGCUGCUAUGCAAAUGCUGUGCUCCAGAGCUUGGCAUUCACCCGGCCACUCACAGCUUAUCUUCUUCAAGGACUUCAUUCGAAAGCAUGCAUGUUUUCCCUCUGCCAAAGGAGAGAGUGGUGUUUUACAUGUGAAUUUGAAAGUCUCCUUAUGAAGGCAAAACAAGGACAGUCUCCCUUAUCCCCCACUGGGAUACUCUCUCAUAUACACAAAAUCGGAAGUCAUCUAGGUCAUGGGAGAGAGGAAGAUGCUCAUGAAUUUCUUAGACAUGCCAUUGAUGCGAUGCAUUCUGUGUGCCUUAAGGAAGCUGGAUCAUAUGCAGUUGGCCCAUUGGCUGAAGAGACUAGCCUUAUACAACUAACCUUUGGUGGUUACCUUCGAUCAAAGAUAAGGUGCAUGAGGUGCUGGGGCAAAUCUGAACGACAUGAGCGGAUGAUGGAUCUGACUGUAGAAAUACAGGGGAAUAUUGGAACCCUUGAAGAAGCUCUUAGAAAAUUCACAGCUACCGAAAUUUUAGAUGGGGAGAAUAAAUACCAUUGUAACAGAUGCAAAUCAUAUGAGCGAGCAAAAAAGAAACUGACCGUAUUGGAUGCCCCUAAUAUCCUGACAAUUGCCCUGAAACGAUUUCAGGUAAAUGUCCAUAAGUCUGGUAAAUUUGGCAAGCUCAACAAAGCUGUUAGGUUCCCUGAGUAUCUGGAUCUAGCUCCUUACAUGAGUGGAACAAAUGAUAAGUCCCCAGUAUACAGGCUUUAUGCGGUGGUUGUUCAUCUGGAUGUCAUGAAUGCUGCUUUUUCCGGCCACUAUGUAUGUUACGUGAAGAGUACACAAGGAAAGUGGUACAAGACGGAUGAUAGCAUGGUAAAACAGGUGGAACUUGAGAGCGUCUUAUCAAAAAAUGCAUACAUGCUUCUUUAUGCAAGGUGCUCACCGCAUGCCCCAAGCUUGAUAAGGAACACAAUCUCCCAAGGCCAGGUAAAGAGUAAGAAGAGCCAGUGCAAGGAAGCUGUUUGUUCUGAGCCCAUAGGAGAGAAAGCAAGGUCCAAUUCUGUGAUCUCGCACCAUGCUUCAUCAGUUGUGCAGCACACUGGAGAAGAUCACCCCUACCAGACCACCAAUAACCAUUUCAGCUGCGAACCAUACAAUCUGUUCAGUGAAAGGUCUCUGUUUCCCAAGACGGAUUCUUCCAGCGACAGCUCCUCUCUUCUCAGCUGCUCGGAUGAAGGCUCCUGGAGCACUGAGAGCACCAGGUACUCUACCAGCACCGACGAGUAUUCUGAGUACAUAUUUGGAGAGUCAGAUCAUUACAACUGGAAUAGCCCUCUAAGAUUCUCUGAGGAUUCAAAUGGUUACACUCAUUCCCCAGUAAACUUGAGACUUACUUCAGAAAUUGUCUCAAAUGGGCAUAUGUCAGAUCGCUUUAAGAGCAGUAUUCUGGCAUCAAACAUUGCUUCCUCAUACCAAGAAGAUGGCCGUCGUGUGAAUGCUGCUAAGUUAUGGAGCAGAGCGUCCAGUGGUCGGUAGCAUUUAGGAUAAGAGCAGAGAGGGAUGCUCGAAGGGUGCGGAGUACCCUAACAUUUUGUAUUCUAAUAGAACUAAUCCCAGUAGGAAACUAACAGAGCAUGGUAGGAGUAGGGGGACUGACUGGGUUGAGGUACAGUCCAUUGUGUUGAUGAGGAGUUGCACUACUAGGGAAAGAAAAGCUCAAACAUUUUAUUGAUAGGUUUAGGUUGUGAAGAGAAAAUAAGAUUAUGCUGUAUUAAUUUAUUAUACUGUAAGUUCAAUAGAAAAGUAAAAAUGAAAAUUUAAAA